AUGGCAGGCCCUAAUAUGCUUACCCAGUCUAUUCUUGUUAUAUGCACGUGUUCUCUCGUUUGGUGCCAACAAUGUUUUGCUUCAGCCCGAUCAUUGCCCGUUGCUUCUGUGAAAACUAGCAGCGGACUGAUAGUUGGCCAUGCUGGUCCCCAAUUUCCUGGUGUCUCUGAGUACCUGGGCAUUCCAUAUGCAUCACCCCCAACGGGCCAACUACGAUUCGCCGCACCCGCAUCAUCGGAAUCAAAAGAGACUGUCAUAGCAGAUACCUACGUUAACUGUCCCUGUCAAAACGACACACUUCCAUGGUACCCUGGAUCGACUUCUCAAGCGUCCAGAAUUAUAAGCGCAUUCUUGCAACAGCCCGGUCCGCAAAGUGAGGACUGCUUGUACCUCAACAUAUGGACAAAACCUGGUUCUUCCAAACUAAAACCAGUUCUACUGUGGAUUCAUGGUGGACGAUUCGUUAUUACAGGCGCUGAAAGUUCUUAUUAUGACGGACAGGCUUUAGCAUCCAAACAUGAAGUCCUAUUGGUGACAAUCAAUUACCGAUUGAAUAUAUUUGGCUUCUCAGGCGCCCCAAACCUUCCCCAGAACGUGGGUCUUCUCGACCAACGCAUGGCGAUCGAAUGGGUCCACCGUAAUAUAAAAGGAUUCGGCGGAGAUCCAAGCCACAUCACAAUAUUCGGAUCGUCAGCCGGUGGUACCUCUGUUGACUUAUACUCCUAUGCCUGGGCGCAUGACCCCCUGAUCAGUGGACUAAUAUCUCACUCUGGAACUGCGCUGAGUUACAUACCCAGUACAAUCGAACAGUCAGCAAACGCUUUCUAUAAUGUAUCUACAUCUCUGGGAUGUGGAGGUCGCUCUGAGAACCAGGACUGGGUUCUACAGUGUAUGCGCCAGAAACCAUGGCAGGAUAUAUUCGACACCUCCACCAGCUAUCCCCAAAUACCCUCGGCGACAGUUCCUGAGCCGGCUUUCCAUCCAGUCGCAGAUGAGGUAACUGUUUUUAGUGAUUACAAAAACCGAUCAGCUGCGGGAAAAUUCGCACGUCUGCCAUAUCUGGUAACAUGCAACGACAACGAAGCGGGCUUCUACCGCCUCGUCGCAUACGCAAGCAACAUCACAGUGAACGAUAAAUCCUGGAACGACUUCAAUCUCGCAGCAUUUACGUGCCCCAGCGGUGAAACCGUGAGAUACAGGACAGCUCAUGGUGUUCCAGCAUGGCAAGCUCGAUACUUUGGUGACUGGGACAACCUGCGUCUUUACCCCGGAAGCGGAACUUAUCAUGGAUCUGAUCUGCCAGUGCUAUUCGGCAACGCAGAAACAGUCAGUGGGAUUCCGAAUAGCGAGGCUGGAAAAGAGUUUUCUAGGUACAUGGCCUCCGCUUGGGUGGCAUUUGCUAGUGAUCCGAAGCAUGGACUGGAGAAGCUUGGUUGGCCGAGAUACAAUCCGCAUGGAAAAACGUUGGUUGGACUGGCCUAUGGGAACUCAACUGUGGAGUUUCUCAGACCGCAGCGGUUUGAGCAUGGAUGUGCUGGUAUAAAGGGAGACGUACUUCUUGGAGCAGGUGCUGUUUAG